AUGGAGAUUGCCGAAGCCAGUACUACCAGCGGCCAGACGGCGCAAGCCGACCAGCAACAACCCCAAGAAACCACCACCGCGACACCAGCAGCAGCCCAAACAAGCACAGCCGGAGCAGAAAAUGCAGAGCCAGCGGCGCCCAUGUCCAAAAACGCGCUCAAGCGCCUCCGCCGCGCGCAAGAGUGGGAGGACGGGCGGGAGGACCGCAAGCGACGCCGGCGAGAGAAGCGCGUGGCCAGCAAGGCCCGGCGCCGCGAGGAGCGAGCAGAGCUGCUGGCCCAGGGAGCCGACCCUGCCGUGCUGUUUGCCAAGCGCGCGCCGGCGCGGCUCGUCCCCGUCUCGCUCAUCCUGGACUGCGACUUCGAGGCCUACAUGACGGACAAGGAGCGCGUCUCGCUGUCGAGCCAGGUGACGCGGUGCUACUCGGAGAACCGCAACUUCAAGUACAAGGCGCACCUCUGGAUCAGCGGGUGGCGGGGCAAGCUGAGGGAGCGCUUCGAGACGGCCAUGGAGAACCAGCACGCCCACUGGAAGGGCGUCAGCCUGGAGGAGGGCGACUUCUUGGCCGCGGCGGCGCGGGCGCGGGAGGGCAUGAGGUCCGCCGAGGGCGGCGAGAUGGCAGACUCUCUGCAGAGGAGUGCCGACGCGGCGGCGGCCAACAGGUGGGAAAAGGACGAGAGGGAGCCGUUCCCCCUGCCCGGGCCGGUGCCCGAGCUCGACGCCGAGCACGCCGACGUGGUCUAUCUGACGUCCGAGUCGCCCUACACGCUGGAGAGGCUGGAGCCAAACACGAGCUAUGUCAUCGGCGGGCUGGUGGACAAGAACCGCGAAAAGGGGCUGUGUUACAGACGAGCCGUGGAAAGGGGCAUUCGCACGGCGAGGCUGCCGAUAGGGCAGUACAUGAAGCUGCGGACGCGGCAGAUUCUCGCCACGAACCACGUCGUGGAGAUUAUGUUGCGGUGGCUCGAGUGCGAGGACUGGGCCGAGGCGUUUAUGCGUGUCAUUCCGAAAAGAAAAGGUUUUGAGAUGAUUGCAGACGGGGAUGAGGAUAAGACGGGCAAUGGCGGUGAAGACGGGGAUCAAGGAGAUCAGGGGGAGGACGGAGAGGAGAACAAAGAGGGUGGAGAGAAGAACGGAGAGGAGGACAAAGAGGACGGAAAAAAGAGCGGAGAGGAUAAAGACAAGAACGGAGAGGACGAGACCGAGGGCAGCAAUAGUCAAGACCCAAAGUAG